GGCGCAGAGCAGCGGCGGCAGCGGCGGCGGCGGCAGCAGCAGCCACCCCAUGUCUUCGGCGCCCGAGAAGCAGCAGCCACCGCACGGCGGCGGCGGCGGCGGGGGAGGCGGCGGCGGGGGAGGCGGCGCGGCCAUGGACCCCGCGGCGUCCGGCCCGUCCAAGGCCAAGAAGACCAACGCCGGCAUCCGGCGCCCGGAGAAGCCGCCCUACUCGUACAUCGCGCUCAUCGUCAUGGCCAUCCAGAGCUCGCCCACCAAGCGCCUGACGCUCAGCGAGAUCUACCAGUUCCUGCAGAGCCGCUUCCCCUUCUUCCGCGGCUCCUACCAGGGCUGGAAGAACUCGGUGCGCCACAACCUCUCGCUCAACGAGUGCUUCAUCAAGCUGCCCAAGGGCCUCGGGCGGCCCGGCAAGGGCCACUACUGGACCAUCGACCCGGCCAGCGAGUUCAUGUUCGAGGAGGGCUCCUUUCGGCGGCGGCCGCGCGGCUUCCGAAGGAAAUGCCAGGCGCUCAAGCCCAUGUACAGCAUGAUGAACGGGCUGGGCGGCUUCAACCACCUCCCGGACGCCUACGGCUUCCAGAGCUCGGCCGGCGGCCUCUCGUGCCCGCCCAACAGCCUGGCGCUGGAGGGGGGCCUGGGCAUGAUGAACGGCCACUUGCCGGGCAACGUGGACGGCAUGGCGUUGCCCGGCCACUCUGUGCCACACCUGCCCGCCAACGGCGGCCACUCGUACAUGGGCAGCUGUGGCGGCGCGGCGGCCGGCGAGUACCCGCACCACGACGGCUCCGUGCCCGCCUCCCCGCUGCUGCCCGCGGCCGCCGGGGGGGUCAUGGAGCCGCACGCCGUCUACUCGGGCUCCACGGCCGCCUGGCCGCCCUCGGCCUCCGCGGGCCUCAGCAGCGGCGCCUCCUACAUCAAGCAGCAGCCUCUGUCCCCCUGCAACCCCACGGCCAACCCCCUGCCCGGCAGCCUCUCCGCGCACUCCCUGGACCAGCCGUAUCUACACCAGAACAGCCACAACGCCCCGGCCGAGCUGCAAGGCAUCCCGAGGUAUCACUCCCAGUCACCCGGCAUGUGUGACCGCAAAGAGUUCGUCUUCUCCUUCAACACCAUGGCGCCCUCGUCCAUGCACUCGGCCGGCAGCGGCUCCUACUACCACCAGCAGGUCACCUACCAAGACAUCAAGCCCUGCGUGAUGUGAGGCCGCAGCCCACGGGGCCUGCCGGGCACGGGCGGCCUGGCACGGGGACCCGGAACCCGUCCCAAGAAACUGCUCUCUCCUUGAGGUAUAGCCGUAGGCAGAAGACAAGGGUCUGACCCCUACCUACCCGGAUUAUUUGGAAAGGAAUCCCCAAGGCAAGGACCCAGCUCCGCGGUCAGCACCGCCUCCACCCACUCCCUCAAAAAAUUACCAAAUGGUGGCUGUGGGGCCUGGUCUGACUGCCGCUGUUGGUAAAUAAGUAUCUAUUUUUGAUCCAGUUGAAGCCGGCUGAGAAGGUGCUGUGCUGGGGGAAACCCUAACAUGCGACCAAGAAACCAGAGGAGGCCUCUCCCCGCCUUCCCUCCAGCGGCAAAAGCGGGGGGGGGGGGGGGGCAGUCCGAAGACAGGCAAACGUGUGAGACCAUCCUUAUCAAAUACUUUUAUUUUUUGGUUGAGUAUUUAUCUUUUUACUUCUAAGGGUUUUUUUUUUUUUUUUGGUUUUUUUAUUUUUGGAAAGAAUGUCUCAGAACACGCUAAUCUCCUCUCAGAGCCGUGUUGGGGGGGGGCAAGAAAUCACACCCCCCUCCCCAUCUCAGAAGGCCUCUGGCGACCGCAGGUGAACCUCGGUGCGGGGCGGGCUUGCAUUUCUAAAGCCACUGUUCACAGCACAAAAGGAAACCGGACAACGGGGGGCCUGGACCCAGGUCGCCCGUCCCCCUCCCCCCCUUCUCUGCCUUCUCUCCGGUCCUUUUGGUUUUGUUUCGAAUUGCAGUUGGACUUUCUUGGCGGGUGUUUUUUCUCACAAGACCCCACUGUCUCCUGAUCUCUACGGAGUCUGCGAUCUCUACUGUGCUGCGUCUGUGCGGGGACAGGGAAGGCCGCCGAGCGCCCUGAUUCAGGAUCGCGGUGACACAGGAAGGUUAAGGCACUUUUUAAACUAUAGCAAGGCUCAUCCUGUUAUUUAUUCUACUCUCUUUCCCUAAUAAUCGAAACACCGCAUAGGCUCCUCCGUUUAUCAGUAUUAAUGGUGUAACUCUGUUGGCAAUAUUUGCCGCGUAGAAUUUUUCUUUUUUUUUUUUUUAAGAGAUCCAUUGUAAAUUUGAAACAAAGUCCGAUCUGUGUAAAGACAAAUUUCCAUAUGUUUAUAUAAAUAUAUAUAUAAAAUGAAGGACUACCCCCCCCUUUUUUUAGUAUUUUGGCUGCGGGGUGCAGCGUUUGUGACACGUAUUUUAAAUUUCCUUCUGCACUGUAUAAAAUGACAAUUUGAGGAUGUUUUGCCUUUUGUGUAUUUUUUUUCCUAAGAAAAGAACAAAAAUAAAAAUGUGUAACAUUUGUACAUGGCCUUUUAACAUUGUAUCAA